AUGAUAUCACCUCUCCAGCUAAACGUUGCUGCUAUAAAGCCUCUCCUCUUGUUUCAACCCAAUCCUUUGCCAGACCCUUCGCAGCUCCCUGAUGUGUUUCUCGACAUUAGCGUCAAACUGAACACCCAUGAAUACCUGCCCGCCGAGGAACUGAACGCUAUUCAAAAGUUCAGGCGUGCAGCCGACUAUAUUGCAGCAGCAAUGAUUUUCUUGAAGGACAAUGUUCUCUGCGAGAAGGCUCUUACAUACGAGAACAUCAAGCCUCGUCUUCUCGGUCACUGGGGAACGUGUCCUGGUCUUGUGAUGGUGUAUGCUCACCUGAACAGAAUCAUUCGGAAGACCGGCUUGGAAGCCUUGUAUGUUGUUGGCUCAGGACAUGGUGCCCCAGCCAUUUUGUCUUGUCUAUGGCUCGAAGACUCUAUGAGCGUCUUCCUUCCGGAAUAUACCCGAGAUUACAAAGGGCUCAGAGGGCUUAUCUCAAAGUUCAGCGCUCCGGGUGGAUUCCCAAGUCACAUCAACGCCGAGACUCCGGGAGCUAUCCAUGAAGGUGGGGAGUUGGGAUACGCGCUCAGUGUCUCCUUCGGAGCAACGGGCCCCACUGCCACAGCGUGGCACGGAUUCAAGUACAUCGACCCUGCCGAGUCUGGCGCGGUCCUCCCAAUCAUUCACCUUAAUGGCUUCAAGAUUUCGGAGCGUACCAUCUAUGGAACGAUGGAUGACAAGGAGAUGACUGCCCUUUUCACCGGUUAUGGUUAUCAAGCGCGCAUCGUUUCUGACAUCGACAACAUUGACAAUGAUCUUGCUGCGUCUAUGGAAUGGGCGUUGGCAGAGAUUAAAAGGAUUCAAACCGCUGCUCGUAUCGGUAUUCCCAUCGUCAAGCCUCGUUGGCCUGUCAUAAUCCUUCGUACCCCCAAGGGUUUGGCUGGACCCAAGUCAUUCCAUGGUGAACUUAUCGAGGGAUCCUUCCACUCUCACCAGGUUCCCUUGCCGAACGCUAAAACAUCUGCAGAAGAACUUGCAGAGCUACAGAGAUGGUUGAAGAGCUACAAGCCGGAGGAACUGUUCAAUGCAGAAGGCUCCCCUGUGGACGAGAUCCUCAGUGUUAUUCCCGGAGUCUCCGAGAAGAAGCUCGGUCAGAAGAAGGAGAGUUACAAGGCAUACAUACCUCUCGAUCUUCCUGAAUGGAGCGAUCUCGCAGUAGAGAAGGGAUCGCAGGAAAGUUGCAUGAAGGCUGUUAGAAGGUUUCUGAAGGAGGUUAUCAAUGAGAAUCCCACCACGUUCAGGAUUUUCUCUCCAGAUGAACUUGUCUCCAACAAACUUGAUGCUGUUCUCGAGAAAAGUGGUCGUAAUUUCCAAUGGGAUAUCGCUUCCAGAGCAAGCGGCGGUCGAGUUGUCGAGAUCCUGUCUGAGCACACCUGUCAAGCCUUCUUAGGUAUCGUGCACACAAUGAUGGUGCAAUACGCCAAGUUCGCAAAGAUGGCUGCUGAGACGUCUUGGAGACAAGAUGUUGGGUCUAUUAACUACCUCGAGACGUCGACAUGGACAAGACAAGAACACAAUGGCUUCUCUCAUCAGAACCCGUCAUUCAUUGGAGCUGUAUUUAAUCUCAAGUCUAUCUCUGCCCGCGUAUAUCUUCCUCCUGAUGCCAAUUGCUUCUUGUCCACGGUUUCCCACUGCCUUAGGGCCAAGAACUACGUCAACCUGAUGGUCGGUAGCAAGCAGCCCACACCAGUCUGGCUUUCAGCCGAAGAAGCGGACCGACACUGUGUUGCCGGUGCCUCAGUCUGGAAGUUCGCCAGCGUUGAUGAUGGCGUAGAUCCUGAUGUUGUUCUUGUCGGUAUUGGUGUCGAAGUUACCUUUGAAGUCAUCGCAGCUGCCGCUCUCCUUCGCAAAUAUGCUCCUGACCUUCGGGUCCGCGUCGUGAACGUGACAGAUUUGAUGAUCCUGGCGGCUACGGGUUUGCAUCCCCAUGCACUGUCUAAAGAGGCCUUUAACACAUUUUUCACCGAGGACAAGCCAAUCCACUUCAACUACCAUGGAUAUCCCAUUGAGCUGAAGGGAUUACUGUUUGGCCGGCCGAAACCUGACAGGGUAUCAAUCGAAGGACACAACGAAGAAGGAACGACGACUUCGCCAUUUGAUAGGAUCCUUGAGGUUAUCUCCUGGAUGAUGUUGGCCAACCGCACGUCCCGUUAUCAUGUUACACUAGCUGCUGUCCGUGGAGGCGCUUUCAGUAAUCCCAAGGUCGCUGUGUCAGCGCAUGAGACCGAGAGUUACUUGAAGCAUCUUGCGCAGAAGGAGAAAGAUUACAUUUAUGCUAAUGGACAAGACCGACUGGAUAUGUUCGAAGUGCCAAUUUUCAAAUGAAAGAAUGGCAUCAUAGAGUUUGAUUUUCAUGUAUUAUAUAUAUAUCUCAAGUAGUGGUAGUCGUCGCACUGGCAAGAAUGAAUGUAUGUAUGUAGACGACUCAAAUAGUUAUUGCAAAUUACGAGC